AAAACCUUUUUAAUAAAAACUUUAUCAUCUUUGAAAGUAGCUAACCACCCUCUACUUUAUAAAGGAGAAAGGAACCCUUUAAAAAUUGUUUUAUAGGAUUUACUUCUACUUUUAAAGUGUUGGUUCGAGCAUUUUUCUCUUACAACUUUGAUUUAGAAUCAAGCCUCCUCACAAAUAAAAAACGUUGAAGAGACAUUCGAUUUAUAACUAAUUAAGUUAAUAAAAGAAAAAAAUGUACAAAAAUCCUAAAAAAAACAAAAGCUUUGAAAGAAUUUAAAAAAUUAAAACAUGUUUGAAACAGCUUUGAAACAUUUAUUUUUCAAAUCAUAAAUUUCCAUUUUCAAUCAUGAAACUGAACCAAAAGACACCAUUUAAAAGAACCUAAUAAUUUUUCUAAUUAGUCUAAGAACCUCUUGAUAACUGCAUGUACUUAAAAAAAUUACUAAAAUACAUUUAAUGCGCCACAUCUUUGCAACCACCAGCGUUGUAUUUUUAACCAAAUUUGUAACAUGGUGUUGAGUUUCUUUACGAGUUUGAUAAUUAAAACAUAUAUAUGGCGUAAUUUAUUUGUAAAUAUUUAUUUUAGUUAUACUUACAAAAUUUUUGAAACGGAAUACAAACAAAAUUUUGCUUCAGGCAAACAUUUUCAAAGGAAAGUAAGCUUUAUGUAAUCUUGUUUGCAACCUUCUGUGAAAGUAUUGACUCGACGGAUUCAUAGUAAAAAAAUCUCCAUAUUACAAAGUUUGAGAUUUCUGUUUUCUUAUUUUUUCACCGCAAUCAUAAAUGAUUUGGUAUUUAAUGAUUACACAAACCUUCCCAUAAAGCUCAAAGCAAAGUGAUUUAAAUGCAAAAAGAAAUUAGAUGAAAUAUUUUUAAUGUUUCAUAUGUUUUGGAAACUCUACAGAGGAGUGCACAGAGGAGUGUUUAUUCCUUGUAUUUGUAAAAGCAAUGCUAAUGUGAAUAUACGUUUUUCUUCAAGUUGUGUUCAUCGACGGUAAAAUCUUCAGUAUUGAAGAAAAAAAGAAGACUCUGUGUAGUUUUUAAAGAUGAAGUUUAAAGCUUAACAAGAAAUGGUAUUGUUUAAUCAAAGUGAUCAUACACAAAAUUCUUGGAAGUUGUUAAAUGUCUCCGCCGAAAUCGACAGUAACAUGACCGAAGACAAAAUAAAAUACUCUCACGAAGUUUUAUCUCUAUUUCAUUCAAUGUAUGUUCUAGUAAUGUGCCUCGGAAUAUUAGGAAACUUAUUAACUUGUACCGUUAUUUUAUUAAAAAAAUCGAUGAGAAGGUCUAUUCACUUUUAUGCUUUCAACUUAGCAGUAUGCGACUUAAUGAUACUGUUUGUUUAUGUUCCAACACAAAUGGUCUAUAUUCAGAAUCAACUUAAUUGGACAAUGGGUUUUGUUAUGUGCAAAAUUGCGUACUUAGUGCUUCCAGUAUCUUUAUUUAGCACUAUCGGCACCCUCUUGGCAAUAACUAUUGACAGAACGCGAGGUUUAGUUCAACCAUUCAAAUGGCAUGCAGAUUCAACACGUUAUUCUAAGUUUACUAUUUUGGGUGUUUGGAUUAUAUCUUUGAUUGUUAACAUUCCUUUGUUUAUUAUAUCAGAAACUAAAAGUUACGAUGGCAAUGUUGUUUGCGUAGAAACCUGGCCUAACGUAUUAUCUGGAUUAAUUUAUUGGAAUUUCAUGUUUGUCUUAUCAUUUGCUAUACCUUUGUUAAUUAUAAUAGUUGCACAUAUUGUAAUGAUUUACAUUGUGGUGAAGGAAACAGACACUAAACACAGAAAGCAAAACCAACGUAUGAUAAGUAUGCUUGUAGCAUUAGUACUGGUUUUUUCAAUUUGCACAGGAUUUCAACACGUUUACUUUUAUAUGAUUGAAUACUUUAAAGACAAAAUACAACUAACUCCAAAAGCAUGGGCUUUACUGUUUGGGUCAUCAAACUUUGUAGUAUCAUUACAAGCUGCUCUGAACCCGGUCAUUUACGGCACCUUACGUCAUGACUUUAACAAAGCUUUUCACUACUUAUUUUUGAAGCUUUUAGUUUUUCUCAAACUCCAAAAAGAACUACCAAGAGAUUUUUUAUCAACUAACUCAACUAUUUCAAGAAAAAGUUUAAGAGAUACUUUCCGACGUACAACUUUUAGAAGGUUGGCUAAACGAGAAAUUCAGUUUGAAGAUUCUCCUCUUGCCCCUCGAGUUAUUGAAAAAUCGUUUGAAAACUCAACAAUGCAAAAACGAUAUUAUGGUAGGUGCUUAAUAAACAAUUCUACAACUAAAUACAUACCAGUAGCACGCAAAAUGGAGGCGGUUGACCUUCAAAAUAGGAAAAAAAAAAUUUCUAAAACAUUAAAAAACAACGUCAGCACAUCAUACUUUGAUGAAAAAUCUAAUUUAACUACUAUAAGCAUAAUAGAUGUUGAGCAAUUAAAUUGGAAUAGAAAUAACGACCAAUUACAAUGCUCAACCUCGUCUAGCAUUUUAUCGAGUACUUCUGAGGGAUCUCUUAAUGGCUUGAACUACGAUUUAUUUGAUCCUUCAAACAAAGGCUUUUCAAAAAUCAUCCGUAAUUACCUAGAUAAUAGCGAAGAAACAAAAGUUUAAAUAAUAACAUAAUCGUAAUUGCAAAUUUUAGAUAAAAUUGAAAAUCGUACAUACAAACAGUUUGGUUAAUUAUUAAAACCACAAAUGCACAAAGAGAUUCAUUCAAAUAAAAUCUUAUUGCAUAUAUACCUUAUACAUAAAUCCUAAUAUUGAAAG